AGCACCCAGCAAACGCAGAAGGUUAUAAGCCAGAGGAAGGUUUGACAGCCGAGAGAAGAUCUCCAGAGAUCAGGAUGGCAGAGGAAUGGGGAAAACAGGUGUUUGCUGCCAGGCGGCACGAAGAUACAACAAGAGGCUCCGCAUUCACAUACACAAACAGUAAUCAUACCAAAGAUCCUUUUGAAGGACCAAACUACCACAUCGCUCCUCGAUGGGUUUACAACCUCUCCACGUUCUGGAUGUUUAUUGUGGUGAUUUUAUCAGUCUUCACCAACGGCCUCGUCUUGGUGGCCACAGCAAAGUUCAAGAAACUUCGUCAUCCUCUCAACUGGAUCUUGGUCAACCUUGCCAUUGCUGAUCUUGGAGAGACAGUCUUUGCCAGCACCAUCAGUGUGUGCAACCAGUUCUUUGGAUAUUUCAUUCUGGGACACCCGAUGUGUGUCUUUGAAGGCUAUGUUGUCUCAACUUGUGGUAUUGCUGCUCUUUGGUCCCUGACUAUCAUCUCUUGGGAGAGAUGGAUAGUUGUGUGCAAACCCUUUGGAAAUGUCAAGUUCGAUGCCAAGUGGGCCACAGCUGGAAUAGUUUUCUCCUGGGUCUGGUCUGCAGUGUGGUGCUCUCCUCCCAUCUUUGGAUGGAGCAGGUAUUGGCCUCAUGGACUGAAAACGUCCUGCGGGCCUGAUGUGUUCAGUGGAAGUGAAGACCCUGGAGUCCAGUCCUACAUGGUUGUCCUCAUGAUUACAUGCUGCAUCAUUCCUCUGGCUAUCAUCAUCUUGUGCUACCUGGCUGUGUGGUUGGCCAUCCGUGCUGUUGCUAUGCAGCAGAAGGAAUCUGAGUCGACCCAGAAGGCUGAGAGAGAAGUGUCCAGGAUGGUUGUAGUCAUGAUCAUAGCUUACUGUGUCUGCUGGGGACCCUACACCUUUUUUGCCUGCUUUGCCGCAGCCAACCCCGGAUACGCCUUCCAUCCUUUGGCCGCUGCCAUGCCUGCAUACUUUGCCAAAAGCGCCACCAUCUACAACCCUGUUAUCUAUGUCUUCAUGAACCGACAGUUCCGCACAUGCAUCAUGCAGCUCUUUGGCAAACAGGUGGAUGAUGGUUCUGAAGUGUCCACAUCCAAGACAGAAGUCUCCUCUGUGGCUCCUGCAUAAACCUUCAUGUUCUCUGUUUUGGAAGAAAAAAAACUACUGUGAUCUGUACAGAAACUAUUGUUUAUUUUUUUGAUAAACAAAAUUUUUUGGCAAAUGGAAAUGUACGUUUUGAAAAAAAAAAAGUACUGAAAGGUAUUUUGAGUGCUACGCUAAAUAACAAUUGUAUAAUAUCUUUUUUUUCACCUAAAUAGCAUUCUGGCAAAGUAAAAAAAAAAAAAAAAGUCCACAUUUUUCUAGAUGUUGUCUUAUCAUGCAUGUAACCUUUUCAGUUGAAUAUAAAACUGAAAGCAUGA